GUGUCGCUAGCUCCUCAUAAAUCCAUCAGAAGUUUCUUCUGUCGAUUAGUGUUGAGUUUCAGUCUGCAAAAUGUUCUCUAUUCCACCAUUCGAUUUUUCCAAGGUCCUACGCUUGCUGUCUCUGAGUGUUUAAAGUUUAAACAAAUCCAAGUUGUUAGCUUAAAUGGGAAUGGAACGCAAUGUAUAUUUGGCUGCUCUGAGUCGAAGUCUUUGGCAUAGGUUUCGAACUUUUUCUCAGAUCAGUUGGCCUCUAGCCUCUGAUGUAAGUGUAUCAAUUGCUGCCCUUGUAAGUAUUAUUGGUGCGAUGUUGGCAGUGAGAGAUGGCAAAAUAGGGAUACGAACUAGCUUGCCAUGGCCGUUUGAUGGAGAGAAUAUAUCAGAGAAGUCGAUCUUCAUAGCAGGGUUGCAAAAUCUUGGGAAUAAUUGUUUCCUUAAUGUUGUUUUACAGACUUUGGCCAGCUGCUCUUGCUUCCAGACUUUUCUUAAUAGCGUGAUCCAAGAAUUUGGAACUGAGGACUUGACAGAACGGAUGCCUCUUACAUUUGCUUUGGCUAGUUUAUUACAAGAAUUGAGCUUUGUUAGUGCAGAAAAGGUUACAUUGAGUCCACAAAAGGUUAUGCUUGCCAUGUCAGAUUACAUUCCAAACUUUAAUCUCACAAGCCAGCAGGAUGCUGCUGAAGCAUUUCUUCAUCUGUUAUGCUCUCUGAGAAAUGAGUUUGGAGAUUUUUAUGCUCCAAAAGAGAGUUCUUUAGCAGACAGUUUUGGUUCUAAUCAUAGAAUUCUUACACCACUACAGAGGGUUGGGCAGACUGAGUGGGAAAGAUGGCAACAGCUGUUUCUUGGGCCAUUGGAUGGGAUUCUUGGUAGCACUUUAACCUGUCAAAGCUGUUCAUCACAGAUCUCUUUGAGUUUCGAAUCUUUUGACUGUUUGCCACUUUCACCAGUGCUUACUGGGGGUUCCACCAUUGUAUGUCUUUUAAGUGUUGAAAUAGUUUGGUUCGCUGUUAUUUUAUAUCUUAUAGUGUAUUAGAUACCUUACUUCAAUUAUUCUUAUUUUCUAUAUGGUGAUUGGAAGUUACCGAAAGGGUGCAAAUACAAUUAGCAUUUUACAAGAGUUGAUAAUGUUAAAAUUCAAGAAUAUGAAGCUCCUUUGGGUAGAGUUUGGAGUGGUGAUUUGGAUUUUAAAUUUAAAAUCUCACAUUUGACAUCCUUGUAUUUAAAAUAUUUUGUUUGGAUAGUAUAACAAAUUUCAAAUUCAAAGACAGUAGAGAAAGGAGAUGGGAAAUGAAAAUUGAAAGAGAUGAGAGGCUUAGUGUAGCUAGCAUUUCAAAUAACUAUUGCAUAAGAGGGAUUUGAAAUUACAAAGAAAUUAUAAUAAAAUAUGGAUUUAGAUCUUAAUCAAAUCCAAAUUCAUUAAAUUUUUAUGGAUCCAAAUGUUGAAUUUGGCUCAAAUCCACAUCUCCUUACAUCCAAAUGUAACAUUAAUUUUUUGAGUGGCAUGUGAUAUCUUCAAAACGGUGGCAUCCUAUGCUUCCAAGUAUCAUGGAUAUCAACCAGUGUACUAACCACUUGUAUCUUGGGUUCUGGGUUGAAG